AUGGCCUCCCCCUUCUCCGCCUCUAAAUUCGCCCUCAGCUCCUCCUGCCUCGGCCUCCACCCAUCCCAUCCACUAGAAGAAAAGAUCAAAGUAGCGGCAAAGUAUGGCUUCACCGGCAUCGAGAUAGUUCAUGGCGACCUAGAGCGUUACAGCAGCGCUAGAAGCCUCAGUAUAACCUCCGCAGCACAUCGCAUCCGCGCACUAUGUGACACUCUCAAUCUACACAUUCUCUCACUCUGUCCACUUGAAAACUUUGAAGGUCAUCCGUCACCAUUGGAAGACCGCCUCAGCACUGCGAGAGACUGGAUCGACGUGGCGAGGAUACUGAGAGCGGAAUAUGUGCAAGUUCCCGCGCAGUACGGAUGUGACGCCUCGACGGAUAAUGCAGUCAUCAUAUCCGAACUUCAACAGCUCGCUGACCUCGGUGUCGCCGCGGGACCCAAGAUCGGUAUAGCGUACGAGCCUAUGGGUUGGUCCGUCGUACAUAAGAGUUGGGAAUCUGCGCUGAAGCUUGCGGAGCUUGUGAACAGGCCGAAUUUCGGGAUUUGCAUUGACAGUUUUCACGUUGCGUCGCUGCUUUGGGGCGACCCAGCUCACACCAGUGGAAAGUAUCCCAAUGCGGACGGCGAGCUGGCCGAAUCGCUGGCGAGAUUGGUGCGCGAGCUUCCGCUCGAGAAGCUGUUCUAUGUACAAUUGUCCGGUGGGGAGAGGUUCUCGCCGGUGUAUUCCUCAAAGCAUCCAUGGCAUCUGGAGGGCGAAGCGAAGGAAUUCACGUGGUCUAAACACGCAAGGCCGUUUCCACUGGAAACGGAACUUGGAGACUACAUGCCCGUUGUCCCAAUAUUGGAAGCCAUCCUUCAGACGGGGUAUCAAGGCUGGAUAUCGCUCGAGACGUUUGAUCGGAGGAUGCGGGAUCCAGUCUUUGAUAUUGAGACUGCUGCGGCGAGGGCAGAGAUGUCGGUGAAGCGGUUACGGAAGGCGGUAGAUGGCAAAGCUGCGAACCUUUGA